AUGAGUAACGCCACCGACCGCGUCGAUGCGCAGGUCGAGGGAUCGCUCGUACGGGCGCCCUCCCACCAGCCAACACUCGACCUCGAGCCACUUCGGAGUAUCAGGUCACACCACAGCCAACACGCGCAUUUUCACGAUAUCGCAGAACGAGCAGACAGCCCUCCACCACCACGACCAGUGGUGGACAUUGAACAUGAGCCUGUUGACGACGACCCGCGUGAAUGGAGCCAUAAAAAGAAGACUUUCGUUAUGGCGCUCAUGACGACUGCAGUGCUUGGACCGAUGAUCUCCCCGUCCAUCUACAACCCCGUUGUAGACGAAGUCAAGGCCGACUUGAAUGGUACGGAGACACAGAUUGGUCUGAGUUUGUCAAUCUACAUUCUCUUGCAAGGCUGUGUCCCCGUGGUAUGGGCUUCCACUGCGGAAAUCAUUGGCCGUAAGCCCAUCUACAUUGCCUCCUUUGUCCUCUACACCAUUGGCACCGCUGUCGGAUCCCGUGCUACCGACAUCCAGGUCCUCAUUGGCAUGCGAUGCCUGCAGGCCAUGGGUUCCUCGGCUGUGCUUUCGGUCGGUGCAGGCUCCCUCGCCGACAUGUACGAGGUCAAGGAACGUGGCCGCAAGCUCGGCAUCUACUACGGGAUGCCAAUGUUGGGUCCCACUCUCGGUCCACUGAUCGGAGGAGCCCUCGGAAACGCAUACGGCUGGCGAUCGACACUGUACUUCUUGGCCGUGUUCGCCGCGCUCAUGACCUUGUUGUUCUUCUUCUUCCCGGACACGUGGCGCCGCGAGCGGUCGAGGGUGUACCAAAAGGCAAUCUCUGACGCGCUCAAGCGCAGUCUCAAAGCUGAGAGGCAUGCUGAGGAAAAGCGCCAGCGCAAGCUCGCAAAGGGGCUCUCGAGUAAUGCCACUACUCCCGCUCCCACGCACCCAACCACACCGAUUAGUGGUGCCAUGACCCCCGUGACGGCGCCGGGAAGCAUUCACGAGGGCUCUGACGCCGACGUUGACGUUGAGCUUGCUGCCGAAGCGCCCCGCAAGCGCCGUAUCAGGUGGCCCCAGUGGAUGCCGUUCGUUUCCAACAACGAGUCGGACGACAUCAAGCCCUCUUUCCGCGACGUCAACCCCAUCCCCACUAUGAUUUCCAUCUUCCACAGCCCGACCAACGCCAUCGUCCUUGUUUGCUCUGGCCUGCUCUUUGCAGCUCAGUACACCACCACCUACACUGCGUCGGUCACUUUCGCUCGGGCACCGUACAACUACAACCCCCUCAUUAUUGGUGUGGUCCUCCUCGCGUUUGGCAUGGGCAACAUCUUCGGAAGUGUGCUCGGCGGUCGUGCUUCGGACGCCAUUCUCAAGCGUCUGGCCAAGAAGAAUGGCGGCGUGACUGUGCCCGAGAUGCGUCUCAAGAGCACUCUCCCAGGGAUGCCCCUCAUCAUCGUCUCAUACCUAGUCUACGCCUGGACGACCGACUACAAGACCAACAUUGCCGGCCCCGUCGUUGGUCUGUUCUUUGCAGGCUUCAGUCUCAUGUUCGUCUAUAGCUCGACAUUGGCUUUCCUAGUGGACUCCAACCCAGGCCGCUCGGCGAGCGCAGUGUCUUGUAACUCGUUCUGUCGUGGUGUUGGCGCCUGCGUCAUGUCCCAAGUCGCCAUCCCGAUCCAGAACGCCAUCGGCGAUGGCGGCCUGUAUACUCUCUUUGCAGGUAUCCUGUGCCUGUCAUGCGCUGGCCUCACUGCUGUUGCCUUCAAGGGCGAACAGUGGCGGUCGCCCGACCAUGUGUGGCCGUGGUCCAAGUGGACACGGCGUUCGCACGGCCCAGACUCGGCUGCAGCCGAGCAUGUGUCACCGUCUCACGUAUCACAUGCGUCUACGGUCGUUGAGCGUGUGCCGGAGGACACGGCUGUGGAGAUGGAGAAAAAGCAGGCCCGCACCGAGAAGGCAUAG